AUGGCCGAAGAAGAGGACAUUGCCGUCUACGACGAGGUCGAGAUCGAGGACAUGACCUUCGACGAGACCCUCCAAAUCUACCACUACCCGUGCCCUUGUGGCGACCGAUUCGAGAUUGCGCUGAUGGACCUGCAAGACGACGCGACCGACAUCGCCGUCUGCCCGAGCUGCAGUCUGAUGAUCAGGGUAAUAUUCGACCAGGAUGACCUCCCGAAACCCCCUCCUCCUCCCGCUCCCGAACCUGCAGAGCAGCAGCAGCAGGUGCCAGUCGCCGUCUGA